AGUAACAACUCAAAUACCAGUACAAUGGCACAUUUGGAAGAAAAUUACCCUCAAAUAGACGACCCAUACUCUGCUUUUGACAUUAGAGAUGUUGCCACACACGAAGAUGAGGAGGAUUAUGUGAUUGCUAGGGGAAGACACACAGCGAGUUUGUUAGAAUCGUUCAAGAAUAUAGAAGAAAUUAGGAAAUCGUUAUUUCCAGAAGAGAAUGAGAGGCUUUCGUCAUUGGAUGAAGAAAGAAUGAGUUCAUUGCUUAGUAGGCGGGCUACAAUAAAACAUGAGUUCAAAGAAAGUACACAUAGUAGAUCUAUAGAAGAAAAUAUGGUUAAUAAGUCAAGUUCUUCUUUACGUUUGCCAAGUUUAGUUGAAAACUAUCGGGAUAAGACUCGCUGGAAAGUGAAAAGCAUUCCGUCAACUCUUAAUGACUUAGAAUCAACUGUACCGAAGCCAAAAAUGCCACAAGAUAAAAAUGAAAGAGGUUAUACCUCUUGUAAAAUUACAAUAGGUAAAAUGAAAGAAUAUUUGUUGAGGAUUUGUGUUUGCCCAUGUUUUGAAGAGAAUCCAGUGGAGAAGCACCCAAAUCACCAAUGUGCCAACCUAAACAAAUGCGCAAAAUGUGGCAAAAUUCGGAAACAAGCAAUUUAUUCCCGGAUUGAAACAAGAAUUUUACUUCGUUCGGACGACGCAAAAUUGAAUGAACGGCACUUGGACGCGUUGGGGUGCGAUGGAGCGCAGAACUCCCCAUCAACGGUGUGAAUAAAUAACACCUGAGCACCGAUUGAAA